AAAUGGUUCAAAGGUGGCUAUAAAACCUCUUGUAUUGGGUGCGUUUUCUUCAUUCAUUGCAAGAAACAAUGGAGAAGAUGAGUUGUGUUGGGAUUCUCAUCCUUUUGGGAUUCUUGAGUUUUGCUCAUGCUGAUCUGAAAUUGGGAUUCUACGAUCAGACGUGCCCAAAGGCGGAGAAGAUUGUGUUAGACUAUGUGAAGAAACACAUCCCAAAUGCUCCGUCCUUGGCCGCGCCACUCUUGAGAAUGCACUUCCAUGACUGCUUCGUGAGGGGAUGUGAUGCAUCAGUUCUUAUAAAUUCCACUGCAACUAAGCCAUCAGAGAAGGCGGCAUUUCCGAAUCUGAGCCUACGAGGAUUCGGCUUCAUCGAUGCUGUGAAGAGCUUAAUAGAAAAAGAAUGCCCAGGCGUCGUUUCCUGCGCUGAUAUUAUUGCACUGACUGCAAGAGAUUCAGUUGUAGAAAUUGGAGGACCCUUUUGGAAUGUUCCAACAGGACGUAGAGAUGGGACUGUCUCAAAUACAUCAGAGGCGAAUAAUCAAAUUCCAUCUCCAUUUUUCAAUUUCACUACUCUUCGGGCGAGUUUCGCAAGCAAAGGACUUGAUGUAAAAGAUCUGGUUCUGUUAUCUGGCGGCCACACGAUCGGAAUCACCCACUGUCCACAAUUCACCAAUCGUAUCUAUAAUUUCACUGGAAAAGGCGAUGUGGAUCCUUCUCUAGACAAAGAAUAUGCUGCAGUCCUAAGGAAGAAGACAUGCAAGACUCCCACCGAUAACACCACGAUCGUUGAAAUGGACCCCGGCAGUUUCCGGACCUUCGAUCUUAGCUACUACAAGCUUUUACUGAAGAGACGUGGUAUUUUUGAGUCCGAUGCAGCUCUGACCAAAGAUAGCCAAUCGAAAGCAAUUGUCACUGAACUCGUAAACGGCCCACUAUGGAAGUUCUUCGAGGAGUUUGCACUAUCAAUGGAGAAGAUGGGAAGAAUCGAUGUGAAGACAGGAACAGUUGGUGAGAUCAGAAAGCACUGUGCUGUGGUGAAUAGUUAGGAUUUGGGUUGAUCUUAGAUUUGAAUGUUUGGGCCAUUUGAACCUUGAUUGUAUGAAUUUUUUAGCCAUUGUUUGUGAGAAUAAAACAGUCAAAUGAUUUGUUUUCUAAA